GUAUGGAGCUCGUUGCCUGCAGUUGUCCAAGAUUGUGCCAGAUAUUUGCAAACUGUUGGAUGACCCUAGCCCCCAGGUGCGGGAAGCUGCCGUCAACUCUCUGGUGGAGAUUUAUCGCCAUGUCGGAGAGAAAGUCAGGGGUGAUCUCAGGAAUAAGGGAUUGUCGCAACAGAGGUUGAACUUGUUAAACUCAAAAUUUGAGGAGGUGAAAAUGUCAGGGAACAUGUUGCCAACAGCAGAUAUUACUCCUUCCCGCAGCAGUAGCUCCACCACCGAUGAGACUGACUUUGACUUUAUCAAACCAACACCAGGGAAAGCUGUACCGAAGAAGCCUAGUUCAGUGUCUAGUGGUGGUCCUAAGAGAACUGCUUCUUCAGCUGCUUCGGCUGGAGGUGGAUCUGGUGCAGUUGAUGAGGAACAUUUCAUCAAGUCAUUUGAAGAUGUUCCCAAUGUCAAGAUUUUUUCUGCGAGAGAUGUUCAAGAGCAGAUACAGAAGAUUAAGGAUGUCUUGUCUGACACAAAUGUCACCUGGGAGAAAAGAAUAGAUUAUACAAAGCUGGUGAGGUCUUUGGUUAUUGCUGGGGCUGCAGACUAUGAUGAGUUCUUUCAGUCGCUGCGGACUUUAGAGUCGGCUUUCAUGCUGGUGGUCAAGGACCUGAGGUCACAAGUGGUCAGGGAAGGAUGUAUUACCAUCGCGUACCUCGCACAACAACUGGGUCCUAAGUUUGAUCAUUUUGCAGAGUUGGUGCUGCCUUCACUUAUCAACCUCAUCCCCAACAGUGCAAAGGUCAUGUCCACUUCAGGGGUUGUCUGUAUACGAUUUAUCAUGCAGUUUGUCCACACCAGCCGUCUCAUUCCCAUCAUCACAGGCCACCUGACAUCAAAGUCUAAUAUCAUCAGAAGGUACUCACUGGAGUUUGUCAACCAGAUAUUACACUCCUGGCCAACCCACUGUCUAGAGAAACACAUUGCCAUUCUGCAGGAUGCCAUCAAGAAAGGUAUCAAUGAUGCUGACCUAGAAGCCAGGGCACAUUCUAGAAAAGCAUUCUGGGGAUUUGCCGAUCAUUUCAAAUCUCAAGCUGAUGCUCUGCUCAACUCUUUGGACCCCUCCAAGCAGAAGAUGCUGCAAGGGGAGGUCAGCAACUCUUCCUCUAGUUCUAGCCUCAACGGAGAGCAUCUGAAACCUAAGUCAAGGUCGCGGGCCGCCAGUGAGGAAAGGUCUCCAUAUGUCAGUUCAGGGACCAGUUCACUGCGAAGGCCUGCACAGAGAGUGAGUUCUUCAAAGAGUGAUGCAGGAGUGCGGCAGCAAAAAUCUAGCACCUCUUCUGUUAGCUCGGCAAAUGAUUUCCUGACCCCAGACAGAGGUCAGACCAGACAGUCUAGGAUAGGCAUGUCCUACUCUCAGCCAAACAGUCGAUCAAAUUCACCAUCCUCUGGUCGACGUCUGCCUGUUUACAUAAAACACACACCCUCUCGUGUGGACUCGGGGCUGGGCCCCAGGAAGUCCAGGAUACCUUCAUCCCAGAGCCAAGGGGCCAGUCGAGAGCCCAGUCCGGCCAGAAGUUUUAGAAUCCCUGACAUGCCAUGUUUGUUUGUGUCUAAGGGUUGUUUUGUUUACUUGAUUUUAGCUCCAGUGAUGUCAGGAAAGCUUUUGAGAAAUGGAUCUGAUGCAGAGGCUGCUUUGAACGAUGCUUUGGGCAGAAGUGCACAGCGUAAGCGUCAUGAACAGUAUGAUUCUGAUGAUGCAGCCAGUGAAACUUCCAGCGUGGGUUCUGAACGGUCACACAGUUCUUAUGGAGGGCGCAACUCAGAG